AAUGGGUAUUAAAGGCGACAAAAAAGCUACCAGCGAUCAAGCGCGACUUGCACGACUCACACUGGAAGGAAAUUCCGGAAAUGAGGAGGACAUACAGUUUAUGAUCAAGACGAUUAUCGAAACCACCGGAUGUACACAAGCACAAGCUGAGAUAGCGCUAUUGGAUACUGACAACAAUCUUUACGGCGCAAUCGAUCACAUUCUGGAUGCUGGAGAUAAACUUGACUCGUGGACUGAACAGAAAGGAGCCAAAAAGGAAAAGAAGAAGCCGGAAGAGGGCAGUUAUAACAACAGAGGAUUUGUAGCAAGAGGCAGAGGUGGAGGCACCGGUUUCGUCGAUCGAGGAGGCCGCGGGCGAUCCAAUGGAGCUCCAAGAGAAAGCCGAGAUAAUAAUCGGGAUAACCGUGAUAAUAAGGAAGGAGCAGCACCACGCUCGACUCGAGGAGGAUUUGAAAAACCGUAUGUUGGACGAGGUGGAAGAGGUGGCGCCAGAGGUGGAUAUUCUCGAGCUGUUGCUCCAUCAUCAGCACUUGAGCCAGAUGCGUUCACUGCUGAUCUUGAUGAGAAUCAGACUAAAGUGGAUACCACAGUCACCGAAGUUCAACCACCAGUAGAGGAAUCCGUCACCGCCACUGUUCCCACAUCUUCUGCGCCGGCACCGAUCUCAUUUGCUGCAGUAGCAGCAGCUGCCCAUCGCAAAGAAGCACUCCGAAAGCACCAGGCACAGAAUCCUCAACCAGCAGCUCCGCCAAGGAGGAGUCUCUCCCCACAACCUCCACUUCCGUCAGUUGCACCAGUUAAAGAAGAGCCAGCAGCAGCGCCAGUAUUUUUCGAGCCAGAAACUUCGCAUCAGCCGGAGAAAGAAGAUGGUUUCUUCCAAAAUGAAUCAUCAGUUUUGGCUGAGGAGCAGACGCCUAAUGUGUCGACUCAUCACGAUGAAAAUGUACAAAGCACCCCAGAACCAAAUCAAGCAUGGACCACUCAACUGAAGACGGAUCUUGGAAUAGGAUUGAGUGAAGCACCAGGACUAGGAUUAUCUCCAAUUCCAAGUGCAGCACCAGUCCAGAUUAUUCCUGAUCCUGGAGUGGAAUUUGUUGGCACAACUGCACCAACGAACAUUCAUGACUACUCAUUUGGAUUUGUUGAGGCUGCUCCAAGCCCACAGCUUCCUUCUACUGAAUCCUCCGCUGCCUCGAUCUCAAAUGCCAGUGAAAAUAUAUUUAACUCUUCUCGUAUUAUGCCGAAACAAGUUGAGCCAGAAAGGACGUCAAUUCCUAACGGCGAUUACAACUUAAAAUCGACUUCACCUCCAUUGUCAUAUGGUCAAUCUAACAGAGGAUUGUCCUAUGACACUUCGUCCGCUUCAUAUCAACCAACGGACAGGAUGGCGCCGAACAAGUUCAACAAUUCUGGACCACUUCCAACACAGCAAUCUGCUCAGCAGCACCAGCCACAGCAGCAGCAGCAACAAGCCCCACAACAGCCAGUGCAGCAGCAGCAACAAACUCCACCAGCUCAAUCACAACCGACUGGACAUCCACAACAGCAUCCACAUAUGAUGUUCACUCAACAACUCCCAUAUGCACCAUACAUGAACAACUACAUGAACAUGUACAAUCCAAUGCCAGGAGUUCGAGAUGAGCAAUAUACUGCUGCUCUUAUGCAAUACGGAAUGGGAGUUGAUCUUACAAGCUUGCUUCCAACUGCUCCUCUGUCACAGGCUGCUUCUGCGCAACAAGUGCAAUCUGGUCAACAACGAGAGACUCAUGGACUUAUGGACUUCAAUAAGUUCGGAUCUCAAAGCUCUCGGGAUCAGCAGCCACAGCAGGCGUCGAAUGUUGGACCACCACCAGGGUUCCAGGCGACGAACUACAUGCAGCAGCCAAACUUGUCGUCGUUGUUCAUGCAGCAGUACUCACCUGCUCCACACCAGUUUACUCCAUUCAUGAACAUGAUGCCCAAUGUUGGAAGCAGCGCUGGAGGUCGUCAACUCUACGGACAGGAUGACGAGCGCAAGAGUUACGACAAGAUGUCUGGAUCGAAGCCGGCAGCUCAGCAGAAUCAACAUUCUCAAUACCAACACAAUGGUGGAAAUCUUGGAAAAUAUGGCAUGAAUAAGCCGUACAACUGGAGUAACUAACCGGUUUUCGAAAGUUCUCAGUCAGCGACUUUGCUCCCCCUCCCUCUCCCCUCUAAAUAAUAAAAUGAUCUGUUUUAUUUUCACAUGUUCUUUAUUUUCUACGGAUUUCCAAAUAAAUGUACCUGAUGUCUAGGUGUAUCUAUAAAUAUGCCUCCUCAUCGGGCUUUCAGCGU